UACUUUAUAAUAAAGCUCUAUUUAUAACGUCUGCUCCAAAUACACAGUUUUUUCUUCAGUUCAAUGUUCUUCUUCUUUUGUAGUUCAAUAAAUUUGUGAAAAUUGAGAUCAGUUGACAGUAAGAGAUAAUUUCAAUUUGAUUUUAUUUAUUUGGGGGAAUAUGGCUUCAAUUUCUUCUCGUCCUCGGACUGUAGAAGAGAUCUUCAAAGAUUACAGCGCUCGCCGGCUUGGGAUACUUCGUGCUUUAACUAAUGAUGUGGAAGAAUUUUCUAAUCUGUGUGAUCCAGAAAAGGAAAAUUUGUGUCUGUAUGGACAUCCGAAUGAAACAUGGGAAGUCAACCUUCCAGCUGACGAAGUUCCACCUGAACUCCCAGAGCCAGCGCUUGGGAUAAAUUUUGCAAGGGAUGGGAUGAAUCGUAGAGAUUGGCUUUCACUGGUUGCUGUGCACAGUGAUUGUUGGUUGCUUUCUGUGGCCUACUUUUUUGGAGCUCGUCUUAACAGGAAUGAAAGCAGGUCACAACAGUUUGCUAGAAGGAAGCGCCUGCACAGCUUGAUCAACGAUCUGCCCACUGUUUUUGAAGUUGUAGCAGAAAGAAAGCCCAUAAAAGAAAAGCCUAGUGCAGAUGGUGGGAGCAAAUACCGUGUAAGCAUAAAGAAGACGGGUGAUGUUCAGGCUAAAAGCACUGCAAAGCUAGAAGAUGAAAGUUGCGACGAGGAUGAAGAAGAACAUGGUGAAACACUAUGCGGAUGCUGUGGUGGGAAUUACAAUGCUGACGAGUUUUGGAUUGGGUGUGAUAUCUGUGAGAGAUGGUUCCAUGGUAAGUGCGUGAAGAUCACACCUGCUAAAGCUGAGGGUAUAAAGCAGUAUAAAUGCCCGGCAUGUAACUUGAAGCGGAGCAGACCAUAGUUUCUUCAUGAAUUAGAGAGAGGGGUCAUGCCAUCAAUUUUGUUGCUUUGGCAACUAACAAAAUAGUACAGCAUUAUGUAAUGGUAACUUUUUCGUCAUGACCCCUGGCUUCUUCCCUUUAAGCCAUUUUAGGAUGCCCAAUAUAUUGCAAGUGUUAAAUUUUUCUUGAUUUAUUUUUAUGGUUUGAGCUAGUAAACAGAGUUUUACUAGCCUUGUUAGCUUAUUGAUUGCCGUUGAUUUAGAUUUAUUCACCAAGAUGGUGUAAACUGUAAAGUAGAAAGCAAAACGUCAAGUUCAGCAAGUUUGACAACUCUUUUGUUUUUUUCUAAAAA